AUGUUUCCCAGCGGGAUAGGAUCUGCGGCUGCUGGAAGAAGGCAGGUGUGUCUUUUCUCCUUGCUGCUCCUUGGUCUCUGGGGCUGUGUGACCUGCCACUGGAGCCCUGUGGAGGACAUCUGCACAGCCAAGCCUCGGGACCUCCCUGUGAAUCCCAUGUGCAUUUACCGCACCCCAGAGAAGAAGGCCCCAGAGGAGGAGGGCUCAGACCAGAAGAUCCCUGAGGCCACCAACCGGCGGGUCUGGGAACUGUCUAAGGCCAAUUCCCGCUUUGCCACUGCCUUCUAUCAGCAUCUGGCAGACUCCAAGAAUGACAAUGACAACAUUUUCCUGUCUCCCCUGAGUAUCUCCACAGCUUUUGCUAUGACCAAGCUGGGAGCCUGUGACAACACCCUCAAGGAGCUGAUGGAGGUUUUUAAGUUUGAUACUAUCUCCGAGAAAACAUCGGACCAGAUCCACUUCUUCUUUGCCAAACUGAACUGCCGACUCUAUCGGAAAGCCAACAAAUCCUCUGAGUUGAUAUCCGCCAACCGCCUCUUUGGAGACAAAUCCCUUACUUUCAAUGAAACCUACCAGGACAUCAGUGAGGUGGUAUAUGGGGCCAAGCUCCAGCCCCUAGACUUCAAGGAAAAUCCAGAGCCAUCCAGAGUGACCAUCAACCAGUGGAUAUCCAAUAAGACCGAAGGACGUAUCACUGACGUCAUCCCCCAGGAUGCUAUUAACGAGCUCACUGUCCUGGUGCUGGUUAACACCAUUUACUUCAAGGGCCUAUGGAAGUCGAAGUUCAACCCUGAGAACACAAGGUCAGAACCUUUCUACAAGGCCGAUGGGCAGUCGUGCCCGGCAUCCGUGAUGUACCAGGAGGGCAAGUUCCGCUAUCGGAAAGUGGCAGAAGGCACCCAGGUGCUCGAGUUGCCUUUCAAGGGUGAUGAUAUCACCAUGGUGCUCAUCCUGCCCAAGCCUGAGAAGAGCCUGGCCAAGGUGGAGCAGGAGCUCACCCCAGAGGUGCUGCAGGAGUGGCUGGAUGAGCUGGCGGAGACAAUGAUGGUGGUCUACAUGCCCCGCUUCCGCAUCGAGGACAGCUUCAGUGUGAAGGAGAAGCUGCAGGACAUGGGCCUUGUGGACCUGUUCAGCCCGGAGAAAGCCAAGCUCCCAGGUAUUGUUACCGAAGGCCGGGACGACCUCUUCGUCUCUGACGCGUUCCAUAAGGCAUUUCUUGAGGUGAAUGAGGAAGGCAGUGAAGCAGCAGCUAGUACCGCCAUCAUGAUUGCUGGCCGUUCACUGAACCCCCACAGGGUGACCUUCAGGGCCAACAGGCCCUUCCUGGUUCUUAUAAGGGAAGUUGCUCUGAACACUAUCAUCUUCAUGGGCAGAGUAGCCAACCCUUGUGUGAACUAG